AUGGCUACGAGGUGGAAGCAAUUGAAAGAGCGGUUGCAAGUCCCGAUCGAUCAGGACUCUUACUAUGAAAACACAACUUGGUGCAACAGGGAUCUCAUCCCCAUGCCUCCGGAGAGACGAACCUGGGGCAUCUGGGGGUAUUUCGGAUACUGGACCGUUUCAGGCUCCUGUAUUUCUGCAUGGUCGACAGGAAGUACCCUUCUCGCAUUUGGGCUGAGCCCUCCACAGGCAAUUGGCGUUGUGGCCUACUGGGGAGGACAGGCCACAAGAGUCCUUUGGGGUGCUAUAAUUCCAGGCUUUGCUCACAUGAAGAACUACUUUUCCGAGAGCUCUCACCUACUGACAAACGAUUUCAUCGGCCUGAUCAUUUGGAUGGCUGCUUUCAUCCCGCUCGUCUUGGUUCCGCCCGAACGUCUUCAAAUUCCCUUUGCAAUUUCUUUCGUCCUUUUCGGAAGUUCUUGUAUCGGCAUAUUGAUAUGGUCUGUACACCACGCUGGUGGUCCCGGUAGUAUGUUUCAUGAACCCGGUAGCACGGAGAACGUGGGUUGGGCAUUCAUGUUUGGCAUCACAGCAAUUCUGGGUGCAUGGGGUGCUGGGACUCUCGGCCAGUCUGAUUGGACGCGUUAUGCAAAUCGAAAAUUCGCCCCGACUUUGUCACAGUUGAUUGCUGCUCCGAUAACCAUUUCCGUCACUGCAAUAAUCGGCAUCAUUGUCACAAGUGCUGCCAAAGAUGUCCUGGGUGAAAUUAUAUGGAACCCAAUCUAUUUGCUCGCAGAACUUCAGGAGGAAUACCAUUCCAGCCCUCGUUCUCGAGCCGGUGUAUUCUUCGCUAGCUUGGGACUGGUCAGCUCGCAGCUCGCGAUAUCUGUGGUUCUGAAUUCGGUGUCGACCGGAAUGGACAUGGCCGGCUUGUGUCCGAAAUAUAUCAAUAUUGUCCGAGGAAGCUACAUUAUGGCGAUUAUCGGCAUCGCAUGUCAGCCCUGGCAGCUAGUGAGUACAGCCGACAGGUUCCUCAAGGUUCUAUCAGGAUUUGGUGUCUUCAUGGCACCCGCGACUGGAAUUAUGCUAGCAGAUUACCAUGUUAUCCGAAAGGCCAAGCUGAAGGUGAAUGAUCUAUACAACGGCACAAGCUCAUCAAUCUACUGGUUCAAUAAAGGUGUCAACUGGCGCGCAAUCGUCAGUUUUCUCGCUGGUGUCUGGCCUCUUCUACCUGGUCUGGUCGGCACAGUGAACAGUAUCACAGACCGGGGUUUUGUGGGUUGGAUUCGCCUCUACAACUUAACAUUCAUCAUCGGUCUCACAAUCAGCUUCGUGGUUUUCUGGACACUGAAUUGGUGCUUCCCACCUCCAGGGCUUGGUGAAGAGGCACCAUUUGUGGACGGUGGAGUUCUAUACGGCGUAGGCGAAGAGACUUCAAUUGAGAGCCAGAAGGAACUUGAAGCCAGUGCUGAUAAGCAUACGGCUGUGACCAGCUUGUCUGCGUGA